UCUGCACCGACCUUUGUCGCUGUGUGAUCCGGUGCACAGCUAUUAGCUGACCUUACGAAAAAGACGGUUGCAUUUCAAUCUUUUCCCUGAAGCCGAAAAGAAUACCGUAGCGCGCGUAUUUCUGUUCCAAAAGGAGACACCUUGCGUUUUCCGGAUGUGGUUAAAAGUGACGACAUGGUUAGUCUGGGCUUUCUGCUCCUUAAGAAGCCAAGAUCAAGCAUGGGCGCUCUUGGGAGUGACACCACAGGCCCUAAUCAAAAGCUACAAGAUUGUGGACUUGUCUCACCACUUCAACAAUGAGACAAUAUACUGGGACGAUAACGGCAUCUACAAUUUGAACGUGACAGUUUACAACACCACUAGAGCUGGAUGGCUUCAGACGGAUGUGGUCGAGGAUCCCAUACACGGUGGUACACAUUUCGACGCCCCGUUACACUUCAACAAGGAUGGCUGGGACGUUUCUCAAGUACCGCUCGAGAUGUUGCUGUUCGUGCCGGUGGCCCGUGUGGACGUGCGACACAAGGUAGCGUCGGAUCCGGCAUACCUUCUUACUGUGGACGAUAUUCUCGACUGGGAGAAAGAGCAUGCACGUCUACCCGACGGGUGCCUGUUUAUCGCCCACACUGGACAAUCUAAGUACUGGCCCAACCGUACGGCGUAUUUGGGCAUCCAGGCCGACGGCGAAAGGCGUUUCCCGGCAUUGACAGGAGAUGCCGCAUCGUUCUUGGCCACCCAGCGCAGCGUCAACGGCGUAGGUCUGGAUACGGCAUCCGUGGACGCGUCUGGCUACGAUGCGCACAGGGCUAUCCUGAAUGCGAACAUGUUCAUCCUCGAGAAUCUGGUUAACUUGGAAAAACUACCCAUACUGGGGUCGUACGCAGUUGUCCUUCCACUUAUGCUGGAUGGUGGCAGCGGAUCGCCCGUUCGCGUCGUAGCCAUUGUGCCACGAAGGAAAAUCUAUAUAUACCACUCUGAAGACAAUCACACAAAUUAA